AACAAUUUGAAGUUGUUGCUUAUACAUAGAAAUUCUGGUGGCAGAAAUAAUUAUGGGGUAGAAGUUUCGUCGUCGUUAUCCUCCUCCUCCUCAUCGUCAUCAUCAUCAUGAGAAGAACAAGGUAGAGGAAGAAGGAGCAGAAGAAGAAGAUUAAGCACGAGCAUUGUCGGAGGCUCGUAUUGCUCCGUCUGCGUUCUGCGGUGGUUUCCAAGAGCCGGAAGAAAACCAACCGUUGAAAGUCAUCAUGCACCGGAUGGCCCGUCUCAUUCGAGCCAGGCCAAAGUUGAGGGACUUGUUUACCAGCGAAUAUUUUGACUGCAACGACGCCUUCGGACACGGUACGUUCCAGAAGCGGCUGAUGCUGCUCUGUGCGCUCGGUGCUUUCUUGGCGAACACCCACGCCUUGACUCUCCCGUUGAUCUCAGCAGGCGUGCAAUACAGAUGCAAGCAGCAGUACGACAAUGAUUCGGUAGCCGCCGCGAAGUACGCGAGCGCCGCUCACGAAGCCGGCGGACAGAUCGGACGCUGUCUCGUCUACGAGGACCCGGACGACCCUAAGGACUCGCAGACCGUGCCUUGCCAAGAGUGGGAGUACGACGAAGAGUUCGCGAAUAGGACGGCUGUGAGUAAGUGGAACAUGGUCUGCGGAAGAAAGGCACUCAUCACCAUCAUGUAUGCGAUUCAAAACGCCGGACCCGCUGUGUUCGUCUUGACAGCCGGACAUUUCGCGGACACCAUGGGCCGGGUGCCCGUGCUUCUGACGGCGGUUGCGGUGCUCUUGGUCUCCACAGUUGCGAUUUGCCUCGUAAAUGACUACGCAGCACACGCGGCACUCAAGUUCUUUAGCUCGGGCAGCGCAAUACUGACCCUGACCACCUCCGCCAUCUCCCUCUUCGAGGUUACGAUCCACGACAAGAGGCCGCUUAGCAUAGCCGUGAGCAUCACGCUCGGUCUAUUGGCCGCCGACGCGUGGUACUUCUUGUUGUUGCCUUGGAACCUGCGCUGGGAACGAAAGCUGUGCGUUUUCAUCCUGCCAGCCUUGGUUCUGCUGCCGGCUUUCCUGACGGUUAACGAGUCGCCUCGCUGGCUAGUCGCUAACGGGAUGUACGACAGGGUCGAGCAAGUUGUCAUCGCCGCUGCAGAAAAAAACCACUUUCCCUUGUCGAAUGCAGCGUGCCUGGUUGAUUCGCUCAAGGCGGACGGGACCAGGAAGCUCGAUCGCCGAAAGUCCACGUGUGCCGAAGAACUACUGAGCAUGUUCUCCAUCCGACGGCGUGCCCUCGUCUUGUGCGGCUGCUUCUUUUCCAACUCGUUCGCCCUGUAUGCCAUCACAUUCUCCAAAGGGCAACUCCAUACGCCGUGGCUUCCGUUCAUCGCGUUCACGUACAACUCCACGGUCUACGCGGUGGCGCACUUGCUGAUGAGAAGGUUCGCCAUGCUCACAGUGAUCACCGUGCUGUUUGCCGUGCUCUGUGUCGUGCAGUGCUUUCUCUGCCUGACCGUGCUCAGCGAGAUGGACGUCGCCACGGAGGCCCUGCUGCAGGCGAACAUAGCGCUGUACUAUUCUGGCGCCGUCGUGUGCUUCGUCUACGUCUUGGAGCUGUUUCCGACCGCACUGCGCGCAACUGCCGUCGGUUGGACACUCGCCUGCGGUCGCCUCGGAGUCGGAUGCGCCCUGUUCUCUUCGUUUCUCACGGACACCGGCCUCGAGUACCUGGCGCCGGCUACCGCAGGCGUCCUGCUCUUUGCGUCGCUGCUGACGCUGCGCGUCUUACCGCCCGCCACGACGAUCGAGUGCACUAAGAUGGUGACCCAGGGAUUGUCCGUUCAGACCCAGCAGAACAUCGAGCUCAUGAAGGCCACGCUCGAAACGCGGCUCGGUGAGCGCAGGAAGACGAAGACUUCUAGCGAUAGCGGAAGCAAGUCGAACUCGAGCCGCAGUCGCCGUUUCAAGAGCAAAGAUUGA